UUGUGGCCAGCGGGCAACUUAUUGUAUAGGGUACCCAACAGCCGAUACACGGGCAGACAGGCGGGGGUAACGGUUUGGGCAAAUGCACGCAGGGUGUAAUCACAUAUCGGGGGUUGCAGCUAGUUGAGGAAGGGAGAAGGGCAAGCAUUAGUGACAAGACAUCUGAGGGGUGCCGGGGUCGCUUUAGGCACCUACUCUGUGACAGAUGUGUAGCCCACGCAAGGACCAGGGCACGUAGAAAUCAUGCACUGAUGUAAAUUCAUUCUGAGGUUGGCCCGCGCGCGGGCACAUUUACCACCACAAGCUCCUGUCGAGAAAUGCUGAGUUUACCGCUGCCUGGGUCUUUGUUGUGAGUUAUCCAAUCCGAAUGCAAAUACUACUGCUCGUGUUGUGGGACCUGUUGGUUUCCUCACUCACUUUUUAAAGUACAUUUAUUUUAACGUCUGCGAUUAUUAGCUUUUUGUAGAGCAAUUAUAAAUCACACUGCCUCUUUAAGAUUCACUGAUGCUUCGGUUUUAAAAUUCCUCUGCUGCACAUUUUAAUAUCUACAUGCGUUUGCUUAACUUAAAAUGCCCGUGGUCAAUCCUGGCCAGUGGCCAAUCCUGGACUAAAGUAUAAUAUAAGACGGGUGAGGUAUUAAACACACACAUUUGGGUCAUGUUAAAGUAUAUUUUACAAAGAAAAGUUCACCUCUGGAGUUUUGUUAUGCACUAUAAUCAGAAGUUGAUGGAGUUCCAGGGAAUUAAAGAGCUUUUUACGAAGAUGUCCUUGUGGGAUCUCUACAAUGAAUAGACUGUGUUUUCUGUGAUAGCUGAACACUGGCUGCUUGGUUGUAAGAUGUCUGACCCUAGUUACUGGACAGCGUUUCAUGGGUGCACUGGGCACCAGGCGAAGGGGGCUUUAUUGCAGCGGUCCAAAAGCUGUAGGAGCAGCAACCGGAAAAGCCUUGUGAUUGGAUCACCAUCACCAACACUGUCGCGCCCUCUCUCUCCUCUUUCAGUACCCACAGCAGGAAGCAGUCCUCUGGAUAGCCCAAGGAAUUUUUCCACUAGUGCUUCAGUUAACUUCCCCUUUGCUCGCAGAGCUGAUGGGCGCAGAUGGUCACUGGCUUCUCUUCCAUCCUCUGGAUAUGGAACCAACACGCCAAGUUCAACACUCUCGUCUUCAUCCUCCUCCCAGGAGAGGCUGCACCAGCUCCCCUUUCAGCCCACUGCAGAUGAGCUACACUUCCUUUCCAAACACUUCAGAAGUACAGAAAGCAUCACGGAUGAGGAAGGAAGGCGCUCACCAUGUAUGCGCCCGCGAUCUCGAAGUCUCAGCCCUGGACGUGCAUCAGGAAAUUUUGAUAAUGAGAUAAUUAUGAUGAACCAUGUCUACAAGGAGAGAUUUCCCAAGGCUACGGCACAGAUGGAAGAGAGGCUGCAAGACAUAAUCACAAACUUCUGCCCUAGUCAUACAUUGCCAUUGGCUGAUGGGGUCCUGGGAUUCAUCCAUCAUCAAAUCAUUGAGCUGGCCAGGGAUUGCCUAGACAAAUCUAAGGGAGCAUUGAUCACCUCACGCUACUUUGUGGAACUGCAAGAGAAUCUAGAGAAAAUGCUGGAGGAUGCUUACAAUCGGUCAGAGGGUGAGGAAGUCGCGUUUAUUGUCCAGUUGGGUAGAAAACUGCUAAUGGUGAUUGCCCGACCAGCACGACUGCUGGAGUGUCUGGAAUUUGAUCCAGAGCAGUUUUAUCAUCUAUUGGAAGCUGCUGAAGGUCACGCUAAGGUGGGUCAGGGGAUAAAGACUGACAUUCCUCGUUACAUCAUCAGCCAACUUGGACUCACUAAGGAUCCCUUAGAGGAAAUAGACCAGUUAGAUCACUAUGAUGCUGAUACCACCCUUCAGCUGGAACCUGAGGAUUUCCAUGAGACCUGUAUUUCUAGUACACCUUCAAGAAAAAAACCUGGCGAGAGUGACUUUGAAACUAUCAAAUUGAUCAGCAAUGGAGCAUACGGUGCUGUGUACCUAGUCAGGCACAAGGAGACCCGCCAACGAUUUGCUAUGAAGAAGAUAAACAAGCAAAACCUGAUCUUGCGCAACCAGAUUCAGCAAGUGUUUGUAGAAAGAGACAUCCUUACAUUUGCUGAGAAUCCAUUUGUAGUUAGCAUGUUCUGCUCAUUUGAGACUCGCCGGCAUCUGUGCAUGGUGAUGGAGUAUGUAGAAGGAGGAGACUGUGCCACCCUACUGAAGAACAUGGGUCCUCUGCCAGUAGAUAUGAGUCGUAUGUACUUUGCUGAAACCGUUCUGGCAUUGGAAUAUCUGCAUAACUAUGGGAUCGUACACAGAGACCUAAAACCUGAUAAUUUGCUGAUCACCUCUCUGGGUCAUAUUAAGUUGACUGAUUUUGGGUUGUCAAAAAUUGGUCUAAUGAACAUGACUACAAAUCUGUAUGAGGGUCACAUUGAAAAGGACACACGGGAGUUUCUGGACAAGCAGGUGUGUGGUACCCCUGAGUACAUAGCUCCUGAGGUGAUUCUGCGGCAAGGUUAUGGGAAACCUGUGGACUGGUGGGCUAUGGGCAUUAUUCUUUAUGAGUUCCUAGUAGGUUGUGUACCAUUCUUUGGAGACACCCCUGAGGAGCUGUUUGGGCAAGUGAUAAGUGAUGAUAUUAUCUGGCCAGGAGGAGAGGAAGCGCUUUCUUCUGAUACUCAGGAUCUUAUCACCCGACUGCUCAGACAGAACCCCCUGGAGCGUCUUGGAACAGGAGGCGCUCAUGAGGUGAAGCAGCACCUGUUCUUCUUCUCGCUAGACUGGAACGGACUCCUCAGGCAGAAGGCAGAGUUUGUUCCUCAGCUGGAAGCAGAAGAUGAUACCAGUUAUUUUGACACUCGAUCUGAGCGUUAUCACCACCUUGCAUCAGAAGAAGAUGAAGAGACAAAUGAUGAAGAGACCUCAGUGGAAAUUCGUCAGUUCUCAUCCUGCUCUAACCGCUUCAGUAAGGUAUACAGCAGCUCUGAGCACCUAGCUACUCAGCUCAACCUCAGCUUCUCCUCCACUGAGAGAAGCCACAGUGAUGAGAAGGAGGAGCGAGGGGAGAAGUGGGAGAGGAUCACAUCUGGAGAAGAGGAUAAGGGCCGGCUCUUUAAUGAGACUAGAUUACGUUCAUGGACAUCUUCUGGUUCCUCCCACCAUUCAUUUUUAAGUGAUCGCAGUACCAGCCCCUGUGUCCUGACCAGCACCUGCAGCCUGGACACCAUGCCUAAAUUUGCAUUCUCAUCAGAAGAUGAAAACUCUGACCAUAAAUCUGAAAGACCCAGCUUUAUAAUAGGAAACACCUCAAAACCUACUUCACUUUGUGCAGAUAUCGUCAGCUUAAGCCGGACUCGUCUGCGAAGCAACAGCACUGGAGCUAAGAACUCUUCACCACGCAUGCUGGAGGCUGGACUCGGCCGAAGACUACGGCAUCAAAGGGAUACUCCUGAUAGGCAGAGUUUAUCACCAGGAAACAGAGUCCCCAAAUCUGCUUCAGUCUCUGCUCUAUCACUGAUCAUCACCUCUGAUGAUUUUGGCAGUGGAUCUCUCAUAAGCCCUAUAUCCCCGCGCUCUCUCUCUUCCAAUCCUUCCUCACGAGAUUCCUCCCCCAGCCGUGACACAACUAUUGCAGUAUCCAGCUUGCGCCCUCCUAUCAUUAUUCAUAGCUCUGGGAAGAAAUAUGGCUUCACUCUUCGUGCUAUCCGUGUUUACAUGGGAGAGAGUGAUGUAUAUACUGUUCAUCACAUGGUCUGGAGUGUAGAGGAUGGAAGUCCAGCCCAUGAGGCUGGUUUAAGGGCUGGUGAUCUGAUUACACAUGUGAAUGGGGAGUCUGUCCUUGGGCUAGUACACAUGGAUGUGGUAGAACUCCUGUUGAAGAGUGGCAACAAAGUCUCACUAAGAACCACCCCACUGGAAAACACAUCUAUCAAAAUUGGUCCUGCAAGGAAAAAUAGCUGCAAGGGCCGAAUGGCAAGAAGAACAAAGAAGAGCAGAAAGAAGGAGAGUCAGGACAGGAAACGGUCGCUGUUCAAAAAGAUCUCCAAGCAGUCUACAGUAAUUCAGACCAGCAAGAGCUUCUCCUCUGGUCUUCAUCAGUCAUUGUCUUCCAGUGAGAGUCUCCCAGCCUCUCCCACUCAUAGCCUAUCACCAGGACCUGCCACCCCCAGCCGGAGCCCUGCACCUGACCUACCACUAGAUGUUUCCCCACAAAGCACAUCACCCUGCUCCAGUACACCAAGUUCUCCUGCUGGGCACAUUCGUCCCAGCUCCUUGCAGUGCCUGGCACCCAAGUUUAGUGGAACACGUUAUAAAGUGGGCCGCAGGAAAUCUACCAGCAGUAUCCCUCCUUCUCCACUGGCAUGCACACCUUCACCUCUCCCACAGGCACCAUCUUCACCACAACAAUCUCCCUCCCCUUUGCUGCCAGGACUGCCCAGAAGUGGGCAUAGCACUUUACAAGCAAAAACCCUAUCUCCACCCAUGAUUGUUCGUCAGGGAGCUCGAACACGAGCAACUGAAGCCCCCAGAUCCCCUUUGCUGAAGCGUGUGCAGUCUGUGGAGAAGAUGGCUUCAUUCUUGGCUGGUGGUCGUAAGACUACACCUCCAGAAACUCAGCAUGAGGAGGAGAUAGCUGAAGUAUUGGAAUGUAGGAGUGAAGUUGGGAAUAACCGUAACAGAGAGUGGGGUCCUGAGAAAACAGAGUGGGAUACAGAGGUAGUUGUUAUGAGAAGGCUUAACCUCUCAGAAAGGCGAGACUCUUUCAAGAAGCAAGAGGCUGUACAGGAAGUUAGUUUUGAUGAACUAGAGUCAGGUACUGGAGACCCUAAUGCAAAGGAGCGGAAAGAGGGAGAAAGCUGUGGGUUAUGGGAAAGGUUACCUCAUCAGACAACUUGGGUUCCAGCUAGAACGGGUGUGUCGUCAUUGGCUCCUUCUUUAGACCAACAUUGUCGUAUGGUGCCACAAAUAGCUGUGCAAACCUCUGAGAAUGAAGAGCAAGAAAAGUGUUCUGGGUUAUGGGAAUGCCAAGGGUUUUACCCCUUAGAAAUGACUGUCAAAGACGAAUUCCCCAAUCCAUUCUGGUUGACAGAGCCUACAACUGCAAGUUUAAAAUGCAGCCAGACCAAUAACUAUACAGUGACAAAGCAAAGCGAAUGCCAGUCUCCCAAACCCCUAUCAACCUCAGACACCCAACCAGGUGAAGAAAAAGAGUCUGUUAACUUAAAGGAAGCAAGAGAUCGUUCACCAAAAAAAGCCAGCUGAGCCAAAUAUUUUGCCAGCAUUUAUAAACUGCACUGAAGACUAAACACAUCAUGCAGCUGGUUCAAGACACAAAUUUGUUAAAAGUAUCCAUAUUAUCUGGAGAAUUGUGCUAGAAAAUAAUCCAGUGUACUCACUGUAAAUAAAAAAUUUGCGUCUGGGUGUAUGUAUAAUACAGAAACAAAUCAGUCAGCCUUGCAACUGAGUUUUCUAUUUGUGGUGUCAUUUGCUAUUAGGCUGCAUAGCUUUGAGAUGACUAUUCCUUCCGGCUUUUCCUGCACGCUUUCGUAUCCGCCCUAUUUGGUCUUGAUUGUCGUGUCAGGUAACAAUUUUUCGCUGUUUACUGAGAGCCAGAGGUCUAGCAGCGACACACUGAUGUUAAUACACCAUCAAAGAAACGGAUUGGAUACAGAAGCAAACAUUUUUCAAUUUGAGCUUAGGGUACUUCUUUUAUGCUUUUUUAAGAAUUCUGUCCUCACUUAGGUUUACAAGGCAUUGCACAGAUGUUAAUAUAUAUUGGAUGCUUCCAUCCCCCAGCCAAUUAAAGAAACUAGCAAGAAAUAUCCAAAGCUGCCUUCCUGGGAAAAAAUGGACUUUUGUAUAUAUAAAGCAAUUUUUUAACUUAUUUAUUAUUGUUUCGAAUUAUUUUAAGAUGGCUGAGCAUAAAUCAUUUGUAUAAUUAUUAUUAUUUUUUUUAUUCUUUAAUUAUUUUGUUUUUAUAUUUUUACAAAUAUGUGAAUUUCAUGUAAGAAGGCAUAGUUUUUAGUCGUUCAUUUUUUUUCCCUUUUACUUUAACUACUUAAACCAUAAAAAAGCCAGCAAUUGAGAGUGAGAAAUUGAAAAAAAAUAUAUAUAUUUUGAAAGUAUUUAUAGAGUCUGGCUGCCUGUCAUGCUAGAGGUUUGUUUGCUAAUUAUUAAACCAGAAGUCUUCCCUCCUCUAAACUAUGAGGUAUGGCUGAACUUUGGCAUAAUGUCCUCUGGCAGUUAAUACUGUUUUUUGUUGGUUUAUUGUGUUUGCUUUUGUCUCUAUUUCAUAACUGAAAGUCUCUGUGAAUUUAGUUAUCCCAAAUAAAAUAGGAAUAAAUAAACUUAUUUGCAUUAUCUAACAA